AUGACCGCCACAGGAGAGGGCGAAGAUGAAGUCCAGUUUCUACGAACGGGAGAUGAGGUGGUUUUACAGAGCACCUUCACCUCCCAUGACGGACAUUUGAAGCUCUGUCUUGCUGCUGAAGGAUUUGGCAGCAGGCUUUGCAGGCUUGAGCCCACUUCAAACUGCAAGAAUGUUCCUCCAGACUUGUCCGUCUGUGGAUUCGUCCUGGCUCGGUGUCUCUCGGUUCGGGCCCUGCAGGAGAUGCUGGCCCACAGCGAACAACUGGCAGCAGAGGUGACAGUCUCUGGAGUUGCCCAUCGCACCCUGCUGUAUGGCCAGGCAGUGAUGUUCCUACACUCCUUCAGUGGCAUGUAUCUUAGCUGCUUGUCUUCAUCUCAGACUUCACCUGACAAGCUGGCAUUUGACGUGGGUCUGCAAGAGGAUAAAACGGGAGAGGCAUGUUGGUGGACUGUCCAUCCAGCUUCCAGGCAGAGGUCAGAGGGCGAGAAGGUGCGCGUUGGAGAUGACCUCAUACUGGUUAGUGUGUCCUCUGAGAGAUAUCUGCAUCUGUCCUUUGGAACAGCAUCUGACAACAAAAGCCUGAGCGACAGUCUGAUUGUCAGCGCCUCCUUCCAGCAGACUCUGUGGAGUGUUGCUCCCAUCUGUUCUGGAGGUGCCAUUGCUCAAGGGUAUUUAAAGGGAGGUGAAACACUGCGUCUGCUCCACAGCCAUAGUGAUGCUUGUCUGACUAUUCCCUCUUCAGAGCAGGGAGAGGAGCUUCAAAGAGUAAUGCAUUAUGAGAUUGGAUCAGUGUCUGGUCAUGCACGGUCCCUCUGGAGGCUGGAAAUUCUGCGUGUGGCGUGGAGUGGGAGGCAUACGUGCUGGGGCGAGCCUUUUAGACUGUGCCACGUAACAACGGGACGGUACCUGGGUCUCACGGAGGAGAAAGGCUUGUACCUUGUAGAUCGGGACGAGGCUGAUAUCCACACAACCUCCUUCUGCUUCAGAUCAUCAAAGGAGAAACUCGAUGUCGGCAAAAACACAAAUACUGACGACAUGGGAAUCCCAGAAAUCAAGUAUGGAGACUCCAUGUGUUAUGUUCAGCAUCUGGACUCAGGGCUCUGGUUAUCCUAUCAAGCUGCAGAUGCCAAGUGCCGCUUGGGUGGAAGUCUGCGCAAGGCUAUCUUGCACAGCGAGGGUCACAUGGACGAUGGGCUGACACUGUCUCGCUCUCAUCGAGAAGAAUCUCACACUGCCAGACUCAUCCGGAGUGCUGUCACUUUGUUUACUCACUUUAUAAGGAAACUUGAUGGUUUUGGUCACGAAGACAACCCCUCCUUAGUCAGCUUGCCAACGAAGACGGUAACAUGCAGCCUCCAGGAUCUCAUCAAAUACUUUCAGACUCCACUGGAGGGGCAAAGCCAUGAAGACAAACAGAAAAAGACGACUGCUCUCAAGAAACGCCAGAACAUGUUUAAGGAGGAGGGUGUGAUAGACCUGGUCUUAGACUGCAUUGAUCAUCUCCACCAUUACAGCGGCGCUUCCUAUUUUGCUGAGGCCGCUCAGCGUGACGCUGGGGAGCAGUGGGAGGCCGUUGUCAACCGGUUCUACGAGUUACUGGCUGCUUUGAUCCGGGGAAACCGUGUAAACUGUGCUCACUUCUCAAGCUCCGUGGACUGGCUGAUAGGCAGACUGGACCAUCUGGAAGCAUCUUCUGGAGUCUUGGAAGUUCUGCACUGUGUUCUUGUAGAGAGUCCCGAGGCAAUCAAUGUCAUUAAAGAUGGACACAUUCAGUCUAUUAUCUCUUUUCUGGAAAAGCAUGGACACAACCACAAGGUGCUGGAGGUGCUGUGCUCGCUGUGUGUGUGCCAUGGUGUGGCGGUGCGCUCCAAUCAGAACCUCAUCUGUGACAGCCUGCUGCCAGACAGAGAUUUGCUACUUCAAACGCGACUGACUAAUCAGGUCACCAGCAUGAGACCAAACAUCUUCCUGGCCAUGGGAGAGGCCUCGGCUCAGCAUCGGAGGUGGUACUACGAGUUGGUCAUUGAUCACGUCGAUCCGUUUCUCACAGCUGAGCCGACACACCUGCGUGUUGGCUGGGCCUUCACCAAAGGCUACCUGCCCAGGCCUACAGGAGGAGAGGGAUGGGGGGGCAAUGGAGUAGGAGAUGACCUCUACUCAUUUGGCUUUGAUGGGCUACACCUGUGGUCAGGUUGUGUGGGUCGUAAAGUCAGUUCCCCCUUCCCUCACCUGCUGAAAGAUAAUGAUGUAGUUAGUUGCUGUCUCGACCUCACGGUUCCAUGCAUCUCCUUCCGGGUCAACGGUCUGCCGGUGCAAGGCAUGUUGGAGAACUUCAGCGCUAAUGGACUUCUGCAUCCUGUGGUCAGCUUCUCAGCUGGUGUCAGAGUUCGUUUUCUGUUUGGUGGAGGACACGGGGAGUUUCGCUUCCUGCCCCCACCAGGCUAUGCUUCAUGCUCUGAGGCACUUCUCCCAAAAGUCAAACUGAAGGUAGAGCUGUGUCAGAAAUACAUCUUGGACUGUGAAGAGGGGGAAAAAGAGCUGACUGGCCCCACUGUGCCAGUCACUCCAGUUACCUUCACUCCCACACCAGUAGACAUAAGCAAGGUCGUAUUACCUCCACAACUUGAAGACAUCCGAGAAAAAAUGGCAGAAAACCUUCAUGAACUCUGGGUAAAGGACAGAAUGGACCUUGGAUGGACAAGUGGACCAGUAAAAGAUGAAGGAAAGCUACAUGACCCCUGUCUGGUGGAGUUCUCUAAGCUUCCAGAGCAGGAGAGAAACCAGAACCUUCAGAUGGCUGAGGACACGCUUAAGACCUUGCUUGCUCUUGGUUUCCACAUUGGUCUAGCAGAUGACCGCGCUGAAGAACGUGUCAAAUACAUGAGGCUACGCACAAAGCAUGAGCUGCCCUGUGGCUACAGGCCCGCACCGAUAGAUUUAAGACAAAUUAUUCUCAGUUCAGCGGACGAGGAUGUGGUUGCCUUGUUGGCAGAAAACCAACAUGAUGUCUGGGCCAGAGAGCGUAUCAAACAGGGCUGGACCUACGGACCUCAGCAGGACGUAAAAGGAAAGCGGAGCCCCCACCUUGUGCCUUACAACCUUGUUGAUGAAAGGAUGAGGAAAGCAGGCAUGGAGAGUGUGAGAGAGGCCGUCUGUAUCCUGCUGGCAUUUGGCUACAGCCUGGAGUCCCUAAGCCAGGAGCAGACUCCUCUAUCAAAGCCAUGCCUCUUUUCUGUGGAGAAGAGCAGAGUGUUCAGACCAGAUAAAUCCUACGCAGUGACCAUGGGGAAGUGGUAUUUUGAAUUCGAAGUUCUGACAGCCGGGAAUAUGAGAGUAGGCUGGGCCCGACCGGGCUGUACUCCAGAUAAAGAGCUCGGCUCAGAUGACCAGGCUUAUGUCUUUGAUGGAUUCGAGGCUCAGUGGUGCCAUCAAGGUGGUGAGCCCCUGGGAUGUCCGUGGCUCAGAGGCGAUGUGGUGGGUUGCCUGGUGGACAUGUCUGAAGGCACCAUGAUGGUCACGCUCAAUGGAGAGCUGCUGUUUAAUGACAGAGGAUCAGAGCUGGCUGCCAAGGAUUUGGAUAUCAGAGAUGGCCUGUUGCCUGUGGUCAGUGUUGGGGUGAACCAGGUGGGGAGGCUGAACUUGGGCCGCCAGGUGGAGUCUCUGCAGUACUUUAAUGUGUGUGGCCAGCAAGAGGGUUACAGACCUUUUGCUUCCCAUAUGACAAGAGACCCAUCUCUCUGGAUGAGUUGGAAACUGCCCCAGUUUACUUCAGUACAGCCAGAUGAUCACAACCUACAGGUUACUCGCCUCAGGGGUUCAAUGGACUCCUUAUCCAGCCUGAGGGUCUCUCAGUGGUUGUUGGCACAACAUGGUGGAGGGAGUGAGAUGGGCUUUUACCGGCUUAGCAUACCCAUUGAAUGCGCUGCCACACUCAGAAGCCCAGCAGAGGGGGUGCCUCUAGUCCCCUCCAGCUCUCUAACUCCAAGUUCAGCGAGGAAGGAGCUGGAGGACACAGACUCUGACUUUGAAGUUCUGAUGAAGUCAGCACGCAGCUUUGCUGGCUCAAGAGAUGAGCUCAACCACAAGGAUCACGGUCAUGAAAAAACAUCUAAACUGAAACAGCGGUUCAUGAUGAAAAGGAGUAAACCAGGCUUAGUCAGCAGCAACUCCUCUGCACGGCUACUAGAAGAUGUCAUCGUUGAAAAGGAUAACUACGAUCAUCUCAUUCAGAGUUCCAGAUAUUAUUAUGCCGUGCGGGUGCUUCCUGGCCAGGAGCCAUUCAACGUGUGGAUAGGCUGGGUGACCUCUGACUUUCAUCAGCAUGACACGACGUUUGACACGGAGAGCGUCGGCACAGUGACUGUCACCCUCGGAGACGACAGUGGCAAAGUUCAAGAAAGUGUGAAGCGAUGCAACUGUUUCAUGGUUUGUGCUGGAGAGGCAACAGGCCUGUCUCAGAGUCGUCGGAGUGCAGGGUUGGAAAUUGGCUGCUUGAUUGACUCAGCGACCGGACUGCUCACUUUUACUUCCAAUGGCGUCGAGAUGUCGACUUUCUUCCAAUUGGAGGCUGGUACCAAGCUGUUUCCGGCUGUUUUUGUCAAGCCCACCACCAGCAACAUGUUUCAGUUUGAACUGGAAAGCAUCAAGAAUGUCAUGCCCUUGUCAUCGGGUUUGCUCCGCAGUCAGAGAAGAAAUCCAAGUCCUCUGUGCCCUCCAAGGUUUCAGGUCCAGCAUCUGAAACCCGUCACAUGGACUAGAGUGCCAGACAGUGGAUUAAAGGUGACUGUAGAUCGGCCAGAUGAGCACCAUGGUUGGAGAGUCCAAUGCUUUGAUCCCUUACAAGUGAUGACCCUUCAGAUUCCUGCUGAAAACAGGUGUGUUGACAUUUUGGAGCUGUCCGAGCUCGAUGACCUCCUCACUUUUCAUCAAAAUAUCCUGCUGCUCUACUGCUCGCUAUCUGCCCUCGGUAACACCAGAGUUUGCCAUGCUCUCUGCAGUCACGUUGACCAGUCACAGAUCCUUUAUGCUAUUCAGAAUCCUCACCUCCCCGGGCAGCUCCGAUCAGCAUAUUAUCAGCUGCUUAUUCAGGUUUAUCUAAGCAGCCACGCCACUGCAUGCCUCAUGAUGAACCACGAAUACAUCAUACCGAUGACACACCAGACUGGAGAAGCCUCGUUUUAUCUUGGUGCCGUCGAUGGCGGACCUAAUGGAGGGAAUGGUCAAACACCAGAAGGCAUUCCUAGCACUCACAGUCGCACGUGCCUUAAACCACAGAAGCAUUUCUCAUCUCCUUGUUUUGUCAGAGGUGUUGGGACAGAAGCAGAAGGUGUGGCUGAAGUAGCCUGCACAGACAGCCCUGAAAUCCCUCUGGACACACUGAAGAAUUUGACGGUGGACAUGCUGGCUGCCGGGGUUGAGGCCGUCGGUCGAGCUGUGAGGGAUCCUGCAGGAGGCAGCGUGGAACUCUUGCUAGUGCCGCUUUUAAGAGUGCUGUACAACCUUCUGGUUAUGGGGGUGCUUGUGGACGAAGAUCUCGCAAAGGUUCUCAAGCUAAUUGAACCAACUGUGUUCUCCAAAAAUUUCAAAACUGUUGAGGGGAAGGAAAAGGAAGCCAGGGAUGAUGAACAAAGAGGAAAAAUGAUCAGCACAAAAGGAGAUGGUACCGUUAAACAAGGGCUUCUUCAAAUGAAGCUUCCAGAGGCUGUCCAACUAGAGCUCUGUCAUCUACUGUCCUACCUGUGCGACUGCCAGGUGCGACACAGGGUUGAAGCGGUGACGGCAUUCUCUGCUAACUUCGUGCAUCAGCUACAGGAAAACCAACGGUUUCGUUAUGCUCAGGUCAUGCAGGCACUCAACAUGUCUGCAGCACUGACUGCUCGCAAAACCAAGGAGUUCCGGCUUCCUCCGCAAGAGCAGAUUAAUUUGCUGCUAAGCUUCAGAGAAGAUGAACAACAAGCAGAUUGUCCGUGUCCAGUUGAACUCCAACAGCUCCUACAGGACUUUCAUCAUCUACUCAACACACAUUGUGGCACCGAAAUGGUUCCAGACUUAGAGGAGGAAGAUGAUGCCAAGAUGUCUUUGAAAGAUCGGCUUCUUAGUCGAUUAGCAAAAGCAGUUGGACUAAAAAACAAACCCACUGAAGUGGAGAAGUAUAAAUCAUUCAGUCUCAAGUCCCUCAGAAGGCUGAUUUCUGAAACGAUGGUGUGCUGGGCUCAGGAGAGAGAGAUAGAAAACCCUGAGCUGGUCAGGGCUAUCUUCACCUUGCUGUACCGGCAGUAUCAGGGCCUCCAGGGCCAAAUGGAAGGGUCACUCUCAAAGGCAUACACUAUCAGCCAGUCGUCCGUGGAGGACACCAUGACUCUCUUGUCCUCUCUGGGCAAAAUCCGUUCUCUCCUGAGUGUCCGCAUGGGGAAAGAGGAAGAGAAGCUGAUGAUCAGAGGGCUAGGAGAUAUCAUGAAUAAUAAAGUUUUCUACCAACAUCCCAAUUUAAUGAGAGCUUUGGGGAUGCAUGAGACUGUGAUGCAGGUGAUGGUCAAUGUUCUGGGAGAAGGGGAGUCUAAGGAGAUUACCUUUCCCAAGAUGGUAGCCAGCUGCUGUCGAUUCCUCUGCUACUUUUGUCGGAUCAGCUGUCACAAUCAGGGAGCGCUCUUUGACCGCCUCACCUACUUACUGGAAAACAGCAGAGUCGGGCUUGCUUCCCCGUCCAUGCGUGGCUCCACUCCUCUAGACGUGGCAGCAGCCUCCGUUAUGGAUAAUAAUGAGCUGGCACUAUCAUUAAAGGAAACUGACCUAGAGAAGGUGGUUCAGUACCUUGCUGGGUGUGGUCUCCAGAGCUGUUCAAUGCUAGUGGCAAAAGGCUACACUGACAUUGGAUGGAACCCUGUGGAGGGAGAGCGUUAUCUCGAUUUUCUACGGUUUGCUGUCUUCUGCAAUGGUGAGAGUGUAGAGGAGAAUGCAUAUGUGGUUUUGAGGUUGUUGAUUCGUCGGCCCGAGUGCUUUGGCCCUGCACUGAGAGGAGAUAGGGGAGAUGGACUCCUGGCUGCUAUGAAGGAAGCGAUCAGCAUCUCUGAGGACCCAUCCAUGGAUGGACCUCUCCCCAGUCAGCACUCAAACAGAGCAAUGGAUGCUGUGCACGACAGCGACGAUGACCUUAUUCACAUGGGGCAUGCCAUCAUGACCUUCUACUCAGCGCUUAUUGACUUACUGGGACGCUGUGCACCAGAGAUGCAUUUAAUCCAGGGCGGCAAAGGAGAAGCCAUUCGGAUCAGAGCCAUCCUGAGAUCACUCAUCCCUGUUCAGGAUCUUGAAGGAGUCAUCAGCAUCUGCUUUCAACUCCCCUCGGUGUCAGAAGAUGGUAUUUUGGUUGAGCCUGACCUUGCCACAGUGUUCUGUCCGGACCACAAGGCAGCCAUGGUUUUGUUCCUGGAUCGGGUCUAUGGCAUUGAAGACCAGAGUUUUCUCGUGCACCUACUGGAAGUUGGCUUUCUGCCUGACCUUCAGGCAGCUGUUUCUCUUGAUACCACUGACCUGGGAUCUACCGACAUGGCCCUGGCCCUCAAUAGAUACUUGUGUACAGCUGUUCUUCCUCUGCUCACCAAACACUCAGCGCUUUUUUACGAUUUAGGGGAUCAUGGAUUGCUGAUAGAUGCUCUUAUCCAGGCAAUCUACCGACUCUCAAGGGCUCUAAGCUUGACCAGGGCUCAGAGAGAAACCACAGAGGAGUGCUUGCUGGCUUUGUGCAGUAAACUCCAGCCAUCUGCAAUGCAGCCUCUCCUUCAAAGGCUUGUCUUUGAUGUUCUUCAUCUCUCAGAUCAUAGCAAAAUGCCCUUAAAUCUGUUGAUCAAUCAUUAUGAGCAGAGGUGGAAGUAUUACUCCCAAGCUGGCAGGCGGAAUGGCCAAAACCUGGCCUCUGAAGAGGAGCUCCAUCUCUCUAGAAAGUUAUUCUGGGGCGUGUUCAAGACCCUGACCAAAAAGUCCCUCGUUCCUCAGCUGUUAAGCCUGUGUGUGCAGUGCCUUGUUGCAGUAGCCAAAGCCUUGCCUCCUGACCAUGUGGAGCCAGCCGGUUUGUCUCAGAUGGAGAGAAUAACCUCAGUUGACAAUGGAUACUUUGACCCCCAACCCGUAGAUACUUCGAAUGUCUCCGUGCCCGAGCGAAUGGACUUUGUGGUUAACAAGUACGCAGAGCACACCCAUGAGAAGUGGUCUCUGGAAAAGUUUGCCAGCGGCUGGGUACACGGAGAGCAGCUUUGUGAAAACGCCAAGGUCCACCCUCUCCUGAAGCCGUACAGGGCUCUGGCUGAGAAGGAGAAGGAUGCGUAUCGCUGGGCCAUCAAAGAGACAAUAAAGAGUAUGUUGGCCUUUGGAUGGACCAUAGAGCGAACCAAGGAAGGAGACACAUUUGGCAUACAUGCCUGUGCUCGCAGGGUCUCUCAGUCCGGUCAGCUGUCAUUUGAAGGAGCAUCCACCUUUAGCCCUAAACCUUUGGACAUGAGCAGCAUCACCUUGUCAUGGGAGCAGUGUGCUAUGUCUGAACUGUUGGCUGAGAACUACCAUAAUUCCUGGGCUCAGACUAAGAAGUUACAACUUGAGAACAAAGGAGGGGAAGGCCAUUCAAUGCUGGUGCCAUAUGAUGCUCUGACUGCCAAGGAGAAGACCAAGUUCAGGGAAAAAGCUCAGGAUAUACUGAAGUUCCUUUUGCUCCAUGGCUACACUGUGUGGAGGGAUCGGAAACCUGUGGAAAUUGACUUCCCUGCUACUACAAACUGCUUUGGACACAUCUUCCUCCAACGGAUGCUGUAUUACACCGAGGAGGCUCAAGAGGACAUGUUAAAGCUUGAGGUGAUUCAAGCCAGAGGACAGAUGUCUAAGGGAGAAAGGGCUCAAGAUCAGCAGCCAAUAAUUUUUUUUCAGAAGGUUGUUCUUCCUCUUUUGGAGGAGUAUGUAAAAAGCCAUCGCCUGUAUUUCUUGUCCACUUCUCUAAACUCAAGUGAUAACAGAAGUCACGCCUCAAAAAAGGAAAAGGAGAUGGUUUUGUGUCUCUUCUGUAAGCUUGCCGCUUUAGUAAGACACAGAAUCUCACUAAUUGGAGAUGAAGCCUCUGCUGUUACAAGCUGCCUCCGCGUUCUGGCUCAGGCUCUUGAUGCCAGAAUACUGAUGGCAUCAGCGUCAGAGUCCAUACAGACUUCUGUGCACUUGUUUUUUGAAGCAGCUGCAGCAGAUUUGGAGAUGACAGUGGAAAAAAUAUCUGAGACCUUGCCUCAGAGCAGGGGUCAGUUGUCUAGAGGAGUUGGCAACUUCCUUAACUACACAGCCUCCAUUCUAAUCCCAACACUUACCUCCCUCUUCCAUCAUCUUGGCAAUCAAAACUAUGGCGUAGAUGUUCUGGUUGGUGGUAUCCAGGUGUCAUGUUACAAGAUUUUAAACAGCCUCUACUCUCUGGGGACCAGUAACAGCAUCUACAUGGAGGGUCAGAGGUCAGCAGCAGGUGCCUGUGUAGCAGCUCUGGCCGCUGCUUUUCCUGUAUGCUUCCUGGAGCCGGCUCUAAACCACAACAAUCCACAUUCUAUCUACAAUACCAUGAGUCCUGCUGAGAUUAAAGAUCAGGGAGUACCAGAUCAGGUGGAGGACAUGUGCUCCCCUCUCCCUUCGUUGGACUUAGCACUGGGGAAAGUGGAGGAGUUGGCUGGUGCCGGAGCUGUAGCUCAUCAGAUGGAAUACAUCCAUGUCGCAGAGGUCACUUUGCCCAUGUUGUGCAGCUAUGUUUCACACUGGUGCUGCUGGGGCCCUGAAGGCCACCGGGACAGCCCCGUCUUCACCUCUGUCAUUCCUCAACAUGCGAGCGACCUGAUUGGCCACAUCCUGCGCAUCAUUCACAAUCACGUCGGUGCUAGCCAGGGUGACUGGAUAAAACAGCUUGCAGUUUUUUCUCAGCCGAUCAUAUGCAAAGCACACAGCAGGCUUCUAAAAAGUCACUUCCUCCCCCUGAUGGAGAAGCUAAGGAAGCGGACAGAGUGUGUCCAGCUAGAAGAGGAGCAGAUGAAAGCAGAAGACGGCUGUAGUUCUGAAGCAGAGCUGCAGAUACAGGAGAAGUACAGAGUUCUGGUCCAGGACCUAUAUGCCUUCUACCCUCUCCUCAUUCAGUUUGUUGAUUUUAAUCGAGCCAGAUGGCUGAAAGAGACGAUCCCUGAGGCUGAGCAGCUGUUCAGCAUGGUGGCAGAGGUCUUUGUAUUAUGGGCCAAAUCUCAUCAUUUCAAAUGGGAAGAGCAGAGUUAUGUGGUCCAGAAUCAAAUCAACAACUUGGCUUUCUUGCUCUCCAGUGACAACAUGCUGGAGUUUAACCAUAAAAAGAGGAGGAUGAAGAGGAAGGCGGAUCGUUAUUCUGCACACACUUCACUCAUAGUGGCUGCCAUAAAGAGACUACUUCCUGUGGGACUCAGAGUUUGUUUUCCAUUUGACCAGAACCUUAUCAUGUUGGCUAAGAACCGCUACUCUCAGAAUAACCUUGAAGAUGAGAUACGAGAGCAUAUUUUGAGUUACCUCAAACAUUUUCAUGAUCAGGCAUCAAACAGAGACAGCCAUGGGAUUCUGUCUGCAGAUCUCUCAGCACAGCUUGGGGCCUUAGCUGACACACAAAGGACUGUGGACAGGGUUCUAGAAAUAGCCCGAGUGCUUUAUUACCUGGAUCAGGUAGAGCAUCCUCAGAGAAGCAAAAAGCCUGCCUGGCAUAAGGUUUUAUCUAAACAAAGGAAACGUGCAGUGGUGGCUUGCCUAAGGAUGACUCCCCUCUACAACUUACCAUUGCAUCGAGCUGUCAACCUUUUCCUGCAAGGCUACAAUAACUCUUGGAUAUCAACUGAGGUUCACGGCUUUGAGGAGAUGCUUGUGGAGGAUUUAGCUAAGGGACGACUGAUAAAACCCUGGGAAGGUGACAAAGGGGAAGUAAAGGAGGUGGAAGCAGGCGCCAAGGCAAUCGAUCCCCUCCUACAACUCAUUAUGCUCUUCAGUCGAAGUGCGCUGACGGAAAGCAGUAAGCCUGAUAAUGACAACCUCUACAAAUGUUAUGCUGCUAUUAUGGCCAAGAGCUGCUGCAGAGAGAGCAAAGAUGAUGAGGAGCAGGAAGUCGAAAGCUUUGAAGAGAAGGAGAUGGAGAAACAGAAGCUGUUGUACCAACAGGCCAGGCUGCAUUGUCGUGGAGCCUCUGAGAUGGUCCUGCAAACUAUCAGCUCAAGCAAUGGUGCGAUGGGAUUCAUGAUUGGUCCAACUCUGAAGUUAGGCAUUGCUCUCCUCAAUGGUGGGAAUGCAACAGUCCAGCAGAAAAUGCUGGAUUAUCUGAGAGAGAAGCGCAAUGUUGGCUUUUUUCAGAGCAUGGCUGGACUCAUGCAGUCAUGUAGUGUUCUGGAUCUGAACGCAUUUGAGAGGCAGAACAAAGCAGAGGGAUUAGGCAUGGCCACGGAUGAGAGCUCAGGAGAGAAGGUGAUGCCUGACAAAGACCUCACUUGUGACCUAUUUCGUUUUCUGCAGCUGCUCUGCGAAGGACACAAUUCAGAUUUCCAGAACUAUUUAAGAACACAAACUGGGAACAACACCACUGUCAACAUUGUUAUAUCAACUGUUGACUAUUUACUAAGGAUACAGGAAUCCAUCAGUGAUUUCUACUGGUACUACUCAGGGAAGGACAUUAUUGAUCCUCUGGGUCAACACAACUUCUCCAAGGCCAUUGAAGUCACCAAACAGGUCUUCAACACGCUCACCGAGUAUAUACAGGGUCCAUGUAGCGGAAAUCAGCAGAGUCUUGCUCACAGUCGUCUUUGGGAUGCUGUUGUGGGAUUCCUCCAUGUCUUUGCUCACAUGCAGAUGAAGCUCUCUCAGGAUGCGAGGCAAAUAAAACUACUAAAAGAGCUCAUGGACCUACUGAAGGACAUGGUUGUGUUUCUGCUUUCCAUGUUAGAAGGCAAUGUUAUCAGUGGAACAAUUGGAAAGCAGAUGGUGGACAUGCUGGUGGAGUCAUCAGGCAACGUGGAAAUGAUCCUCAAGUUUUUCGACAUGUUCCUCAAACUAAAAGACCUGACCUCGUCGGAGGGCUUCAGAGAGUUUGACCCUGACUGCAAGGGCAGCAUAUGCAGGAAGGACUUCCAGAAAGCCAUGGAAAACUGCAAACGCUUCUCACAAGCUGAGAUUCACUUCCUGCUCCCGUGCAUGGAAACAAAUGAUAACGAAAUCUUGGAAUACGAGGCAUUUGUGGAUCGCUUCCAUGAGCCGGCAAAAGACAUCGGCUUCAGUAUCACCGUUCUCCUCACCAAUUUGUCAGAACACAUGCCCAGAGAUUCCAGGCUGAAGACGUUUAUGGAGCUUGCCGAAUGUGUCCUGGCUUACUUUCAACCCAGUCUUGGGCGCAUUGAAAUUCUAGGCAGUGGGAAGCGCUUUGAACGAGUCUACUUUGAGAUCAGUGAGUACAGUCGCACGCAGUGGGAGAAGCCACAGGUCAAAGAGUCCAAGAGGCAGUUCAUUUUUGAUGUUGUCAAUAAAGGGGGAGAGAAAGAGAAAAUGGAGAUGUUCGUCAACUUCUGUGAGGACACCAUUUUCGAGAUGCAGCUUGCAGCUCAGAUUUCCGGAUCCAACCCUGGAGAGAAGUGCACUGGGAAAGAAGUGGAGGAAAAGUGUGAGCUUGAAGAAGAUAAAAGCCCAAAUUACAAGGGUUUGACUUUUAUCUACUGGUGGCUGAUAAUCACAUGUGUCCUGUCUGUGAAAAACCUGAGAACACUGAUGAAGAUGACCCUGAAGGAUUUCCUCACAACAGCAGUUCGAUUCCUCAGAUUAAUUUGCGUAGUUCAGGUCCGCUGCGUUUCUGUUGUCAUCUGUCAUAUCAUGUAUUUGCUGUACAUCAUGUUUGUCAACAGUGGUCUCAUAGAGGAAGCAAAAAGAAUGAAAGUGUCAGACUUACUUGGCGGUAUCGUCGAACCGACCCUCGAUGAGGUCUCGGAGGUGUCGAGCAGUGUGGACCAACUCAGAAGGUACUCUGCCAGCUUUUCGUCCCAGAAAGAGUUAAGGGAGAUUGGGGAGAUUGCUUCGGUGACCUUCCCCAGAGAGGUGGACAUAUUAUCAGACAUAUUUGGUCUCAAACUGAAGAAGGAGGGAGGUCAAUACAGACUUGUAACGGAAGAUCUCUCUGACAGUCUGACUGAUCUGUUCAAUGCAACCUCCAGAACAAUGGUCGACACGGAUGCUUCCGAGCAACACCAAACUUUGCAGUUUAUGGACCAACUGGGAAAAGAGAAAAAGGAAGAUGAGAAAAUGGAGGAGAUGGAGAAAAAAAUAAAGAAGCAAAUUGAAAAGGAAAGUAGGAAUGUGAAAGAAGAGACACAACACGGAGCCAAAAGAUGCUCUAAUAGGUCAAAGGAACCACAGAGCCAGCAUUCUGCUCUCUGGGAGAUGAUGAGCUCACACAAGAAGAGUCUACUGAACUACUUUGCAAGAAAUUUUUAUAACAUCCGUUUGCUGGCGCUGUUUGUUGCUUUUGCAAUCAACUUCAUCCUUCUUUUCUACAAGGUAGCAGUUUUGCCUGCACCCAAAGAAGAACAAGUGACAACAUCUGUGUACAGAGAAGAACUGGCGUCUUCCACAAAAAAUACCAGCGGUGGCAGAGUUUACUUUGUGCUUGAAGAAAGCAGUGGUUACAUGGAACUGUGCCUCCAUUUCCUUUCCAUUGCCCACACAAUCAUCUCAUUCUGCUCCAUUAUUGGUUACUACCGCCUCAAGGUACCACUAGUGAUCUUCAAACGAGAGAAGGAGAUCGCCCGAAGACUGGAGUUUGAUGGACUGUUUGUGACACAGCAGCCUGCGGAGGAAGACAUAAAAGGGCAAUGGGACCGCCUGGUCAUCAAUACACUAUCAUUUCCAAGUAAUUACUGGGAUAAGUUUGUGAAAAGAAAGGUGAUGGAUAAAUAUGGAGACUUGUAUGGCUGUGAGAAGAUCAGUGAACUGUUAGGUCUGGACCAAGCUGCUUUAGACUUCAGCACUGAGAGAAAAGAACAGAAGAGGCUCAGAAGAGACAGUGCCUGGAGUGCCCUAUUUAACUCCCUUGACGUGAAGUACCAGGUCUGGAAGCUAGGAGUGGUGUUCACUGACAACUCCUUCUUGUACUUGGCCUGGUACAUGACCAUGUCAGUUUUGGGUCAUUAUAACAACUUCUUCUUUGCUGCCCACCUUUUGGACAUCGCUAUGGGCUGUAAGACUCUCCGUACCAUCCUUUCUUCUGUCACACACAAUGGAAAACAGCUGGUGCUGACCGUGGGACUGUUGGCAGUCGUGGUGUAUCUUUACACUGUUGUAGCCUUCAACUUCUUCAGGAAGUUUUACAACCAGAGCCAUGACAAGGAAACCGAAGAUAUGAAGUGCAACGACAUGCUUACCUGUUACAUGUUCCAUAUGUACGUGGGAGUGCGAGCAGGUGGUGGGAUUGGUGACGAGAUCGAGGAUCCUGCUGGAGACGAGUUUGAAGUCGAACGCAUCAUCUUCGAUAUUACGUUUUUCUUCUUCGUCAUCGUCAUCCUCCUAGCCAUCAUCCAGGGCUUAAUAAUUGAUGCCUUUGGAGAACUCCGAGACCAGCAGGAGCAGGUGAAGGAGGACAUGGAGACCAAAUGUUUCAUAUGUGGAAUAGGAAGCGACUACUUUGACAAGAUCCCUCACGGCUUUGAGACUCACACUCUGCAGGAGCACAACUUGGCCAACUAUCUAUUUUUCCUGAUGUAUCUUAUUAACAAGGAUGAAACUGAACACACUGGACAGGAAUCCUAUGUGUGGAAAAUGUACCAGGAACGCUGCUGGGAAUUCUUUCCUGUGGGAGACUGUUUCCGUAAGCAGUAUGAGGAUCAACUCGGCUGACAGAACAUCCAAAAGGUCUAAAGCCUCCCAAGAUAGUGUUAUUGCACGGAAGCCACAUUGCUUGUUGCCUUUUGACUCACUAAAUUACCUUAAAUUUGCGUGUUUAUGUUAAUCUCAUAUUAGCUUUUGGAGUGAUUUAUUUUUCCCCAAACAAAAGUACUCUGAUCUGACAUUGAAUAAAUGACUUGGAAUCAAAAGAA